UUUAAAUUUUCCGGUACUUUUUUUUUUACGCAAAUUUUCAUACUUAAGUGCACUUGAUUUGAUUUGAUUGAUUUCGUAUUGACAUGAAUUAACUGUCGUAACUGUAAAAAUCGCGGAAAAAGUGAAAAAUAAAAUAUAAGACAAAGCAUAAAGAAAAUUAUUGUGACUUGGAAGUUAAGCGCCACUUUGCAGCCAUCUUUAACGCCAUUUUGUUAAGACUUUUUACGUUACGUUCCCUCCACUUUAUCUUGCUUCCAUUUUUGUUUAGCAUAUCUAAACAUAUGUAUGUAUACAUAUAUAUAAAAAUUUUUUUAAUAUUGUCCGUCUUUUUCAUCGUAACACGCAAAAGUUUCGUUAAUUAAAUUUGUACAACUUUAACGUAAUGACUAUUACUUACUAUCAUUAAAAUAUCGCUUUAAGAAUUACAAUAUAUUUAUCGAUAUUCCUUUGCACAUAUACAUAUCCCCAUACAUGCAUAAUCACAUAUCUUAGUAGUAGUAAGCGAGCGCGUAUAUGCAAUUGCUUGUAAAGAAAUACCAGCAUUUACAAAAUGUUUUCUGCGAUAUCAUCAAUUGUAACAAAUCUGCAAGUUUUCGAACAGCAUGGAUACGAACAACGAAAUAUUUUAAAAACACUACGUCAAGUUAAGGAAAGAAGAACACCAUCAGCAACGAGUUGUACUACAAUCAUAAACGUUUUCGAUGCUUUGAAAUCCUUGCAUCUAUUCAAGGUCUUGAAUAGUGGACAUACAGCAUGUCGUUUAAUACGACUACUGUUCGCUGCACUGAUUUUAAGUUGUUGUUGCCUACAAAAUGCAUAUGGCCGUGCACCACCUGAACCCUAUUAUGGUCGUUACGUCGGACAAUUUACAAAUUUCGCUCAUGGUAUUAAGGGUUCCGUUUAUGCUGUGGAUGAAUCAACACUUUUUGUCAAAUCUUUCGCUUACGAUGGUACGGGACCGGAUGCAUUCUUUUGGGUUGGCAAAACACCGCGUCCAAGUCCCGAAGGAUAUAUUAUACCCUACCCAGAGGAUUAUAUGGGAAUUGAUCCACCAAUAUUGAAGGCCCACAAUAAUACGGACAUCAUACUGCGUCUGCCUAUGGGCAAAAGGAUUAAGGAUAUAAGAUGGCUCUCGGUAUGGUGCAGACGGUUUACGGUUGAUUUUGGUGAAGUUUUUAUCCCACCGGGCUUAGAUGUUCCAAAACCGCGUGUUUUACCUGAAUUUAAGCGACUAGCUCAUGGCUUGCGCUCAAGCAAUAUUAGUGUUUUAGAUGCCAAAACCUUUUACAUACCGAACUUACAUUACGACGGUGCCGGUCCAGAUGCCUAUUUUUGGGUGGGCAACGGUUCCGAACCUCAUAUGAUGGGUAUUAAGGUACCUAAUGAAAUUGGUUCCCUAGAACCAUUACGAGGCUAUCAAGGUGAAGAUAUUGAGAUACAAUUGCCCGGCACAUUAACAGUUUAUGAUAUUGAUUGGCUGGCAGUAUGGUGUGUGGAAUAUCGACAGAAUUUCGGGCAUGUUUUUAUACCUAAAGAUCUCGACGUACCACCCGCUUUGGGUCAAACCAAAAUAACCACUACUACUACACCAAGACCGAUAUUUAGCAAUUGCCGUGAGCUGUUGCCGAAUAGAAUGCAAGUGAAAUGGGAAUUACAAGGUGAAUAUUUGGUGCUAGACUUGUACGGUCGGAUAGCGGAGAAUCAAUACAUGGCUUUCGGUUUAUCGGGUGCUAAUGGCCGGGCGCAGAUGACUCAAUCGGAUGUGACGGUAGCUUUUUACGAUACAAAUGCACGCGUUUUUCGAGCUGAUGAUUAUUUCCUAUCGGAUUUAUCGCAAUGUGAUGGACAACAUGGUGCUUGCCCCGAUGAACGGAUUGGCGGUCGUAAUGAUAUUAUUGUGUUAAGUGGUGAUCGUAAAAACGGCGUUACCACCAUUAAAUACAAACGUUUAGUUCAAACGAACGAACCCAUUUACGAUCUCGCCAUACCUACGGAUCGUGAAGUCUCCGUUAUCGCUGCCAUUGGACCGUUAAACAAUCGUAUGGAAGCUAAUGCUCAUUCUCAUACCGCAAGUGAUCACAAUGUUGAUGAUAUACGUAUCGAUUUCUCAUCGAAGAACGAUAACACCUGCAAAAGUUCAUUGUAUAGCGUAAAAGACGAGACUGGUCCUGAGCCUUGGCCUACACGAAAAAUUGAAAACGAACACGUAUUUACGGCACGCAUUGGCCCAACAGGUGGGAAACGCGGUUAUACACCCAUCACUGGUUUGCCAUCAUGGGGUAUCGCUUGGUAUAUUAAUGAUUUGUUAAUACCUGAAAUUACCGUCGAACGCGGUAAAAAUUAUGAAUUCUUUGUUGAAGGAGGCGAUAAUCCCAGUCAACCUGCCAGAUAUCAUCCACUUUAUAUUACGGAUUCACCAGAAGGAGGUAUUGGCCAAAAAACCGGUUUACAAUUGACGGAACAAAAGACAUACGCCGGCGUCGAGUUCGAUGACGAAGGAAAUCCAACACCAACAGCAGCGGGCCGGUAUUGCGAAUGGACGCAUCGCACUGUUGACCGUUCGGCCGAAAUUGAAACAUUUGAGGACUACAUGAAGACAUUGGAACUGGAGUGUGAAGAAGGUGACCCGGGCUAUUUGAAUUGGACUGUGCCGUUAGAUGCUCCCGAUCUACUGUACUAUCAGUGUUUUACACACAAUAAUUUGGGUUGGAAAAUAAAUGUUGUCGAUAGUGGGGCAACACGUUUGGCAACUACUUUUGCUGUAUGUUCGAUAAUGGCGGCAUUUAUUGGUCUGUUAAACUGCAAGCCAAUGCUAAUAUUUACUGCAUGAUAGUAAAUAUUAUUGUUGGUACAAUAAAGGAUGUCUGCACAAAGGUUUUUUUUUUUUUUUGUAAGGAUUUGGGACUUUUUCCUUUUUUUUUUUUUUUGAUCCUCCUAUUCUUCUUCGUCAUUGUUAUAUCAGGAGACCAGAAUUUCUAUUAACCUAAAUAAAAAUUUUGUUUAGAUAGAAAAUUAAUUUAAUAAAAAAAGAAAAAAGCAAUAUUCGAGAAGAACUUUAUGACAAUAACAACAAUUCAAUGAUUUCAAAAACAUAACAUUUAAUGUGAAACUUGCAUCAAUUAUUAGAAUUUUAGGUCAAAUACUGAGCAGCAAACAUUAACUAAAAGAUGAAAAAAAAACAAUUAAAA